AUGCUGUCAAGAUGGGUUCUCAACAACACGUCUCUGAAAAAACUUGAAGCCGUUUUCCCCAUAUCUGUGCAUUCUUUCAUGCCACAAGACCGGGUUUUCGGAAACACUGAAAAAGUUCUUAAAAAACAAGAAGUAAUCAUUCGACCUAAAGAUUACGUAGACAUCAUUGCAACAAAUGCAACCAUUACAAAAAUGGGUGACAUUCAAAUGUUAGACUUCAGGAGUGCCGCAAAAGAUGUCCUAAAAUCAACUGCGAGAUGGCCUUUUAAAAUAAGUGAAUGCAAAAGAUUCAUUAUGAAGAGAUCCAAAACUGUUGGAAAUGUGUUUAUUCGUGGAGAACUGCAUUUUAAUUCAGAUAUAGGUAAAGCAGUAAAUCUUUGCAAAAUUGGAAUGAUAACCAAUAUGGUUCUCCCAUCCACCGUGCCACUAGGAGCACCCAUGAAUCUUGCAAAAAGAACCGAUGUCGAUGCACUAUUAAAAAGCAUUUGGGCGCUGAAUGGGAAACCAAUGCAGUAUGUCAGUUUUAUGUAA